AUGAUCACACAAAUGGCUCCAGAGUACAAGAUUAGUACGGAUAUAAAAAUGGGGGAGUUGAGAGCAUUUUAUGUGCAAAUGGCUCUCUCCGUUUUAUUUUUAGUUCUCAUCGGCUUAAUUUCUCUAGGAGUCGGAAAUUUCAUUGAUUGCUUUAAAGAGCUAAAACAUAGACAGCUUGGAGAAGAAUAUCGCGACAUUUUGAUUGGUGCUCUUAGAGCUCAAAACGCUUGGAUGAGCUAUGACUGCAAACUCGAGAGGUACGCUCGUAGAGAACUCCUAAAUAAAAAGGUGCCAGAAAAUAUAACUUUCACCAAUAGAAUUAUGAGCGACAAAGUUGUAUCGGUGAAAACUUUCUUGAAGGAGGCAGUAAAGAACUUCAAGCUAGGAAAGAAGUGGACUGACAUUGGAUGCUAUUACACCUACAAAAAGAACAAGCAUAACGCUGAAAAGCAUAAGGUCGUCUGCGCCUAUGAUUGA